CUCGUCAGAGUCACAGUGAGCUGCGGGGCCGAGGAGAGAGAGCAUCAACAGCCCGUCUCCCUCGUUCCACCGCCGAGCCGAGCGCAGCUGUAGGGCUGCUACUGCUGCUUGCUGACCGCGAGUGGAUUCUGUGGCUCUGUACACAGUCCACUUGGCCCAGUGGCUUUACACAUUGAGCCCACAGAUCUUCUCAUCUGCUUCCUUUACACACGGUUGAAGGUUUGAUGCGUUGGCUCUCGCCAUGAAACACCAAUGAUCCCUAGGCAGCACACCCUCUCACUAAGAUGGGAAAUGCCUCCGAAACGUAUCUGUUUGUGUCCAGAAUAUCUAAAGACAAUGACAUCCUCAUGGGGACGUUGUAUACGAUUUUUGGUGUUCUUUCCAUGCUGGGGAAUGGAACCCUGCUGUUUGUGGCUUAUAGAAAAAACUCCUCCUUGAAGCCAGCAGAGUACUUUGUAGUCAACUUGGCCAUCAGUGACCUGAUGAUGACCAUCUCUCUUUUUCCCAUUGCUAUACCAUCAGCCUACACUCAUAAGUGGCUGUAUAAUAAGACCACCUGCACCAUUUACGCCUUCUGUGGCGUUUUGUUUGGCCUGUGCAGUUUGACUACUUUAACAGUGCUUUCGUCCGUCUGCUGGCUCAAGGUUUGCUGCCCAAAUUAUGGCAACAAGUUUUCCCACUGCCACGCCUGCUUGCUGGUCGGCGGCGUCUGGUGCUACGCGGCCGUGUUUGCUGUGGGGCCCUUGUUGGGCUGGGGAGAGUACGGGCCCGAGCCGUACGGUACGGCGUGCUGCAUCAACUGGCAUGCGCCCAGCCAAAACUCUUUGGCCAUGAGCUACAUUGUCUGCCUCUUCUUCUUCUGCUACAUUAUUCCCUGCACGGUCAUCUUUCUGUCCUACUUGUUCAUCCUGUUGACCGUCCGUGGGUCCCGCCAGGCAGUGCAGCAGCACAUGUCCCCGCAGAACAAGAUCACCAAUGCACAUGCGCUUAUUAUUAAGCUCUCCGUGGCAGUUUGCAUUGGUUUCCUGACAGCAUGGAGUCCAUAUGCCAUUGUGUCCAUGUGGGCAGCAUUUGGUAACUCCUCAAAUGUACCACCUAUGGCUUUCGCACUGGCCGCCAUCUUUGCCAAGUCCUCUACUCUUUACAACCCGAUUGUCUAUCUGGUUUUUAAGCCCAACUUCCGCAAGUCUCUCUGUCGGGAUGUAGCCCAGUGCAGAAGGUCAGUUUGCGGGUGUUUGUGUCAGCACGACUCCACCCAGAAGGAAACGUGCAGGCAAGCUCAUCAUAAAGAAGAGUGUAACUCUACACAGUUUUCAAACGGGCUACUGGAGAACCACGGCACCUGCAGACACUGUCCUGAGACUUUGACUCCAAGAGAAAACUGUAUCGACCACAACCCUCAGCGGACUGCCACAAUGCUCCAGGGGUCGCAACAUAGCGAGGUGGCUGUCAGUCAACUCUCCAAUGAGCAGCAAAGUGACUUCCUCUAGGUUGAACUUGCACAGAGCAAGUGACUGCCAAGGAAAGUAAGCAAGUGGGACGAAAAGACACUGGGUGAGAGACAUUUGCUGCAAGCACGCAGAUAUGACACCUACGUGAUGAGCAGAACAGGUCAGGACUUUAAAGGCCAAAGUUUAAUGAACUUCUCUGACGCCUCAAAUAUGUGAUAUACCAAAACACAGCUCCAGUCAUGCAACAACCAACUUGCAAACAGAUCAAAGUUAUUUCAGGUAAUGUAAACAUGCAAUGAUCUGGUCAGAUUACAGAUCAAAUUUAAGAGGACUUGUGAAAUGAUGAAGAGAUUUAGAGGGAAGAGCUCUCUAUGGAACUACCUUUAAUCUAUUUAUUAAGAAUAAUGUAUCCGGUGCUGUGUUUGCUUUAUAUAUUUAUUGAUGCAUGCCUCAAAGUUGAAGACAAGGUGGUAUUGGAUUUAUGUAAAAAGGAGGAUUUUCCUUUGUGCUUGCCUUGGUUGGCCAGCCCAAAUCAUUUGACGGGAGCAACCAAGCACUCGGAGUUAACUGUAUGUCAGUCAGCUGUCGGCAGGAAAACACUGUGAGACAAGGUCCGUUCCGUUCUCCAUGAACUCAGCCGGAAGACCUCAGGACAAACAAAAAAAAUGGAGACACUAUCACAUUUGUUAGUCAAAACAUUUUCUUAAAGGAUCAUCUCUUUAAGUAAGCUGCAAAUGUCGAAUUGUUCAAAAGAUGUACUGCACUGUGAAAAAAAAGUAGUUCAAUAGUAACAUUCUGACAGAAUUUGCGGUUUGCAUUCAUUGGAAGAAUCGCAAAUAUGAAUGAAAAAAAAAAAGUAAUAUUUCUUCCAGCAGCAAUCCAUCCACUGUUAUUUGCAUUUUUUUUUCACGUUAUCUUAUUUUUUGUUUUUAUGUGUUUAUAAAAGUGAGAGCUGGCUCUUAGUAGUGCACCUGACAAGUAGAAAGAUCUUAAGAAUGACAUUUUAGUGUCAAAGAAAUCAGGUAGCUUUCCAAAAACAGCAACUCUGCUACUGUGGGAAGAUUUUAAAAUACAUUUUUUUGUGUGUUUUGUUGUUUUGGAUUUUUCCAAACGCAAUUACUUUUCAUCGCUUCAAUGUUCUUUUUUAAUUUUAUUUAAUUUAUUAUUGUUGUACUUGUCAAAGAUGUGAAAAAUAGCAAGAUAUAUUUAAAUCAGACAAUCAAGCAUAAAUAACAAAUGAGAAGGGUCCAUUGCAUCACCAGUAUUAAUUUUCAUAAAAUGCCUCAGUAAGAACCAAAACAAAUAAAGAAAAGUACAGACAGAAUUCUGCAAAGGAUUAAAACGUGAUAUAUGAUAUUGGCUAACUAGCCAUGCUCCCAGAUCUUGUAAUAACUUUGUUGUUGCGUAAUGGUUAUCCAAACAGAACAAUAUUUUUAAGAAGGAACCUACAGAUGGAAAUAACAGUAUUAAAAAUAAAAAAUAAAUUGUCAUUGCCUCUACAAGUAAUUUGGGGCUUCUAUUAUCGUUGUUUGAGAAUAAGAACAAAUUUAUUAUCGAUCCAUUUUCUGUGCUACUUAUCGGGGUCAAACUUAAGUUGGAGCCUAUCCCAGCUGACUUCGGCCAACACAUACGAUACCUUGAAAAAGUAGUCACCCCACUUGCCUAUAUACUCGUUUCAUAUUGUAUUACAUGGGGUAGAAAGAAAUAAAACAAUUAUUUUUACCUGAUUACUGAUCCAUUAAAUGAUCAACCCUUUGUAUGCUAUUGAGCAUUUUAAUUUAGGUAGAGAUGUUUUAUACUUGCAAAUACUUUCAAGGCAAUUACUUUCUUUUUGCUGGACCAAAACUGGCUAAAUAAAAAAUAAACUGGAAAAAAAACAUCAUUACAUUUCAUAUCACGAAAUAAAAAAAACUAAAGAUAUAUCCAAACUAAAAGUAAUAAUAAAUACAAAAAUUUAAUUAUUUGAAAUUAAAUAAAUCACAAAAUAAAUGUAAUGCGUAAAAAAAUUAUAAAUAUGAUUACAUAUCAAUUUGAAUUUAUUAGAAAAAAAAACAAUGACUAUACGUAUAUAUAUAUAUAUAUAUACAUAUAUAUAUAUUUUUACUUUUAUUUAGUUUUGAUUUUGUCAGCUUUGGUCCUUUGCAGAUCCAUCACAUAAAAUUCAGAUUAACAAAACAUUUACAUUCGAUCUUGUAAAUGGGUAAAAACAAAGCCAAGGGCUGACUUCCUUUGCAAGGCACUCUAUUAGAGGUAUUCUUCAAUAUACAAAGAGAUUGCCUCUCAUGCAAAUUAGAACUCUUAACAUUGGCUCUCGUUAAAAAGAAAGUUUGUAAGAAUGUUUGCCAUGCCAACAUGAAAUUCCAUCUUGUUUUCAAGGUUGUAUGCACUAUUGUGAUAGACUUGCACUUGAACUUUCAAGCCACGAGGCAUUUUUCUUUCUCCACUUGUAAUUGAAGAAUUUAUUUAUUGCCUUCUCUCUGCACUAACUCUUCAGUAAGAGAGUCUGAACGUGAUUGUGUCAACCCAGUGCACCUUUAAAGCACUUUUUAAUCUAUUUUCUUUUGCUUUGACAUAACACAAAAUGUGACAAUCGUUUUCUAAUCUAAAAUGGUUGCCCUAGUUUUGAUUUGCUUGAUAUACAUCCCUUGUACUUCUGAUCUUUUAUUUAAAGUAUUCUCCAAAGCAAACUAGAUUAGCAGAGUGGAAAGAAAUGUGGUUGAAACAUACGAGACCAAUCAGAGGAAUGAAUCUGCAAUCGCAGAGUUCUAUCUGCGUUUGAAUGACUAUGAAUACAAUGACUUCCAUCCAUCCAUCCAUUUUCUGUACCGCUUAGUCCCCACUGGGGUCGCGGGCGUGCUGGAGCCUAUCCCAGCCAUCAUCGGGCAGUAGGCGGGGGACACCCUGAACCGGUUGCCAGCCAAUCGCAGGGCACACAGAGACAAACAACCAUUUGCACUCGCACUCACACCUAGGGACAAUUUGGAGUGUUCAAUCGGCCUACCAAGCAUGUUUUUGGGAUGUGGGAGGAAACCGGAGUGCCCGGAGAAAACCCACGCGGGCCCGGGGAGAACAUGCAAACUCCACACAGGGAGGGCCGGAGGUGGAAUCGAACCCGCACCCUCCUAACUGUGAGGCGGACGUGCUACCCAAGUGCGCCACCGAGCCGCCCCGUUUGAAUGACUUCACACUUGCAAAUAUAAAAAGAUGUUCGAUACGCUACGGUGGUGGUUCUGACCAGAAUGUCAGAUUAAAAAAGGUUAGGACGUGCACAGUUGGUCUAAUGUGUAUUGUAAAAGAGACUCUCAGUAGAAUGAUCAUAAUUUUAUAUGGAAAUGAAUGCAUGCUUAAUAGUACAAAAUUGACAAUUUUCAGAAUCUUUUAAAUGACCUAUUUUUGUUACAUUUAAUUUUAAAGAGCGUAUAAUGUUAGCAUUCAAAGCCUAAUAUACUGCCUCACUUGUUGAACAAUUUCCUUCUGAAUUCUCAUGAGGUCACACGCCUUCCAACAGCAUGUGAUUUAAGGUCCCAUGCUGCACCUUUUGAAACACUCCUUGUUUCAAGCAACCAAGUUAUUUGUUUGAAAGAAUUGAGCAUUAAUGAAGACUAUGAAGAAAAUCUUCACAAAUGAUUGGAGGCAUUCAAGAUUCAUUUAACCAAAGCUUACCCACAUUUUCUUUCCUCGACGUAAGCUUACUGCAGAUUGUGAUCAGUAUGUGUCCACAGUGUUGGAAGUCAAAAUCAAGAGGGAAAUCAUGUCUAAAAUCAGUCAUGUAUUUCCUGCACAACCUCAAUCAGUUAAUAUCUGUUGUGUUAUAAUUUUCCCAAUCUUCUAAAAUCUCCCAAAAUUGACUAAUAUGUGAUUACUAGGACACAGGGGAACUUUUGUCACAGUGGCAAAGACAUGAUAAAAUACCAAAGGAGCUGCUGUAAAAAAAAAAAAAAAUCCCUGCACAAUUUUAACAACUCACUGUUGAACUAUGUGCAAAGACAAGUGGAAAUAAAACCAAUAUUGUUUCACUUCAUGACCUGGAACAGCUUGGCUUACCUUAAGCCUGGUACGCGCAAGAAUGUUUCAAAUCCUAAAAGGUUUUUUCACCCUUGGCAACCCCACACAUCAAAAUAGAAAAUCGGGCAUUUUGAGCGUGUGUAAAGUCCCUGUCCUAGCACCCAGUUCCAAAAUCCCAUCUGUGCCCCUAGAACAGUACAUGAACCGCAAUGAAUUUGUCACAAAGCGGAUGGCGCAGGGAAUCAAAUGCAGCUUGGACCAGGGUUUAUUGGAGGAACUCAAAAGACAGACUACAAGAAGCUCGACUAGGGAUGAGAAUAACUGAACAGAAAGACAAGAUAAAGACAGACGAGACAAAGGGUAUCAGAGGUGAAGACAUCAAUGAUCCGACAGGAGUAACCCGCAGACAGUACUUAAAUACGAGGCAGGUAAGAAGACGCAGGUGACUGUGGUUAGUACAUGGAUUGUGAGUUGACACAGGAAGGGAGGGGCGAGUAUACAGACGGGCAGAAACCAUGACAACCUACAUAACACAACCGGGGACGAGUUGUGACAGAAUUAUGAUCACGUAUCCAUUCAACUAACUAAAAUUCCUCAAUAUAGUUUGGGAUGUAUUUAUUCAAUAUCCAGAGAGGAAUUUAUUUUCUUCAUUCCUGUCAAUCUGCACCCCAUGUAUCUUAAUUUGUAGAUUUGUUCUGAAGUUCUCAAACAACACUAUUUUUUUUUUAAGUUUAAUGAAGUCAACCAUAAAGAUCUUGUCUUAUCUCCUGUAUUGUUUUAGGAAACCACCGCACAAUAAUUGAGAUAUUUUGUUGGCUAUUCAAACAAUCAUUUUACACUGGAACAAAUCAAUGCAGGGAUGUACAGAGGUGCUAGAGGUUAAAGAAAACUAUCAUUUUUGUUUCAACAACAUACAUAUCAGGACUUGGGUUGUAUGGUUAUUAAAAACAAAAAAUCACAGAACUGGAUUUUAUUAUAAAGAACAAAAUAUUCUUGCAUCAAUAUUUCCUUAACCAAGCAGCCAUAAUUACGAAGAGGGACAUUUUGUCAGCAUGAUUGCAGUGUCAUUAUUUUGUUGUUGUUGGGUGUUUUUCUUUUUUUUCUUUUUUUAACUUCUGACGUUUGUCAAAGAAUGUAUCUGUGUAUCAAUUUAACCAAGUCUUUUUUUAAGGUCAAUGUUUUGCUGAAAUGUCAAGAGUGAAAAACGCAUGAGCCUGUCGUCAUGUGGUCCAGCAUCAAAAGGUUUUCUGUUGUUGCACAAACAGGGUACAGUAUUAUAAAAAACAUUCCAUGCUAUAAUACAGAAUACCUUCUAAAUAUUUUCUGGCAAAAAAAAAAAAAGUUGUAUGUUGUUGAUCCAAUUUCAGACGUAAAACUAAAAUAUGCUAUGGUUUGCAAUGCAAUUACUCAACUUUAUAGGUAUUGUAUUGUGAUUACCCCCCUGCCCCCCAGAAAUGGAGACAGGGUUCUGGACUGUAAAUAUACAUUUAUCUGUAAAUUCAAAUACAGUGCACAGACAUUUGGGAAGUUGUUGUCCUCAGUUUUUAAAUGUACAAACACCAGAAUGUGAUGAAUGUGAUGCAUUGUAAAAAAAAAAAAAAUGUACAGAACUGUAUAUGAAAGAAAAUUAUAUCAAAAUGUUUUAUCAGA